GAAACAAGUUCCCUGAGUUACGGCUAGGAUCAUCAUGUCUGAGAGCACUACCCACAAAGUUCAUCCGGCGCCAGUUUGGCUUACAUCGGAUUAUGUGCAGGAAAAACUGCGUAAUUACUUUAAAAACAGUUCUCUAAAGUUAAUUCAGCUGGACACACAGCCAGCUGUUGCCAAUGGAGAAAACUACGGCAGUGUGAUGACCCGCAUGAAUGUCCAGUACACCACGAAGGAAUCAAAGGAAAAGGUGGCCACUAACUUUCUGGUCAAGACUACAUUCGCGAAUAAGGAUCCUGCUGGCGAUGUCCUCAUUCACUAUGGCGUCUAUACCCGUGAGAUGGAUAUAUACGACUUCGUCCUGCCCCAACUAACGGAUAUCGUAAAGAAGGAGCUCAAGGAUUCCAGGAAGAUGUUUGCGGCUACCUUGAAUGUCGAUCGCGAGCGGGACUCGAUCAUCUUUGAGGACAUGUCUCUGGAGCAGUACAAAGUGGCCUGUCGCCGGAAGAAACUGGACUUGGAGCACACCCACCUGGUGCUGGAGAAACUGGCCAAAUUCCAUGCAGCAGGAGCCGUUCUCGCCGAGCGCCAACCUGGGAUUUUUGCGAAGAACUAUGAUCGAGGCUUCUUCAAUAAACAUACUCGCGCCUACGGGCAGCUUAUGAUCAAUCUAUUGGAGGCCCUGUCCCGUUCCCUUAGCACGGAUCAGGAGUUGGGUCCACGAUUCAAGACCAAGAUUGAUCAGCUUAUCAAACGACUAAUGGAUUAUGGCGAGCGAUCGACGACGAAUAAUCCGGGCGACUUUUUAACCCUAGCCCAUGGAGAUCUUUGGACCACCAACUUUAUGUUCCAGUACGAUGCGAAAGAUCACCCCACCAAUGCCAUUUUCAUCGACUUCCAGUUCUGCGUGUGGAACUCUCCGGCCAUCGAUCUGCACUACUUUUUUGCAACAUCAUUGCAGGACAAACUCCGCCUCGAAAAUCAGUCGGAACUGGUCCAGUUUUAUUACUACAAGUUGGUGGAGGCCCUCAGGAAGUUGAAGUAUUCGGGCCGGAUUCCCAGCUUAUUCGAUUUCCAACUGCAGUUCCGUUCGAGAGGCUUCUAUGCUGUUUUCUGUUCCCUGAUCUUCGAGCCCGUCAUGCAGUACGAGGGCAAGGAGAACGCUUCUCUUGAGCAAAUACUGUCCACUUCCGAAAGCGGAAUGCGUUUCAAGGACUCCGUCUAUGAGUCGGAAGCCGUUAAAAAGAAGUUGGGACUUACUCUUCCGUUUCUCGAUCAGUUUGGAUUGCUGGAUGAAAUGUGAUUUGAGGGCGAAUAGUUUAAGUAAAUAAAGGUUCUAGUUCUAGAUCGUAUUUAACAA